ACCGCUGCGGUUCGGGACAGCUCGGCUCCUCUGCAAACAGGUGUUCCGCUUCUCCGGGUCACUUUUCACCACGAAGCGUCCCAGAACCUGAAGGGAGGCUUCUGGGUUCGGGACAGCCGCGGGUUUUGGGGGGGUGGGGGGGAGUAAAAAAGCCAGAAGAAGUCAGCUCUUUAUUAGCCUGGGCUGCCUGGUCGGGCUCAGACGGAGAGAGAGAGAGGAAAGAGAGAGAGGAGAGAGGGGAGCGAUGGCAACGAAAAAGGCGUGCGUGGAUGCGCCCAAGAGGAGCCGGAGUCCGGUCGUGCUGGAGGCUGAGAUGUUCCGAGAAUUUCAGGACUGGUGUCUCCGAACUUACGGGGACUCCGGCAAGACAAAGACCGUCACCCGGCGAAAAUACAACAAAAUCAUGCAGACACUGUUGCAGAACGACGAGCCGGACGGGGUGUACGUGGACAACAGCCACAUCAACGCCAAAUUCAAAUUUUGGGUGAAGUCCAAAGGCUUCCAGGUCGGAACCAACGUUCUGGGGGAGCACAACAAGAAGGGAGCGCCGGGGAAGCCCGUCCUUUACGUCCCGGUCAAGUCAACGUGUUCGGAUGGCAAUUCGGCCCAGGACAACUCCUCCCUGAAGCGCGUUGCCGUUGUCGAGGACUUCUUCGACAUCAUCUAUGCCAUGCACGUGGAGAUGGGCGCCGACCCGGGCCGAGCACCCAAACAUGCGGGGCAGAAGAAAACCUACAAAGCGAUAGCUGAGACCUAUGCCUUCCUGCCCAGAGAGGCGGUGACUCGGUUCCUAAUGAGCUGCGGAGAGUGCCAGAAGAGGAUGCACAUUAACCCCAGCACCGCGGAGUUCAAAGAAAACGACCGACCCACCUCGCUGGUCCCCGACCUCAUCGACUACAACAUGCCUCUUACUGCCACCUACCUGAAGCAGAUGAAACUGCAGUGCAUGACAGCCACUGAGAGGGAUGACAGUUCGGUGAGCAGCGAGGACAUGAACAACGCUGAGCCCGCCUGGGUCGCAGCGGAGCAGCCAGCAGUGCCUGAACCGAGCCCACCCAACGGGGAGCGGGUCAGCAACCCGACCGCCAUCGUCAAAGAGGAGGACGAUGAUGACUCCUCGGAGAGCGGCAGCGCCAACGGGCUGCCGGCCCUGACCUCGCCGGAGGCGCUGGCUGCGGGUGCGAACCCCCAAGAUGGCGGGGCUUCCUACAGGGAGGUGGCAGAGAACGGGCUGAGCGCGCCGCUGGACUUCAGCACCACCUCGUCCUCGUCGUCCUCCGAGGAUCAGCAGCCGGUGAAUCUGAGUGACAGACUGCUGCCGGCCGGGAGCUCGCCGCCGAACAGCUACGCAGCAGAGCCCAACAAGAAGUUUCCCAUCAAAACAGAGUUCUCCAACAAGUCGCCUCCUUACAGCUCAGGGAGUUAUGACUUGGUGAAAACAGAGCUGAGCAUGAGCGCUGAGGACUUGACCUCCAGUCGGGCGCAAAUAAUCGACGACGAUGACGACGAUCACGACGACCAUGACGACAACGAUAGGAUCAAUGACGCUGAGGGGAUGGAUCCUGAGAGACUCAAAGCCUUCAAUAUGUUUGUGCGUCUGUUUGUGGAUGAGAAUCUGGACCGCAUGGUGCCCAUCUCCAAGCAACCCAAGGAGAAGAUCCAGGCAAUCAUCGAGUCCUGCAGCCGCCAGUUCCCGGAGUUCCAGGAGCGCUCCCGCAAGCGCAUCCGCACCUACCUCAAAUCCUGUCGCCGCAUGAAAAAAGGCGGCUUCGAGCAGAUCCGUCCAACGCCCCCUCACCUCACCUCUGCCAUGGCUGAGAACAUCCUCGCUGCCGCCUGUGAGAGCGAAACCCGAAAUGCUGCCAAGAGGAUGCGGCUCGACGUCUACCAACCGACGGACGAGCCCGCCUCCGUUGACAAGCCCAUCACAAGGGAUCCAGCUCCUGUGGUGCCGUCAGGGUUCACUAUCGCCAGCGCAGCUUUUGCCCAAGACCAACUUUACACCAACGGAGGCCUCAACUACAACCUGCGGGGAUACGGGACAGUCGGCAGCACCCAGCAGAGCUCCAGUGCUGCACAAACCAACGGUCCCACAGAUCUGAGCAUGAAGUCCGUCGGCCCAAACUCCUCUUCGUCCUCCUCCUCGUCCUCCUCUGCCUCCAACAGUCAUGGUCAGGGCGGCGGCGGCGGCGGGGCGUCCGCCCAGCUCAGCCCUCCGGAGGUGACGGCGGUGAGGCAGCUCAUCGCCGGGUACCGGGAGUCCGCGGCCUUCCUGCUCCGCUCGGCGGACGAGCUGGAGAACCUGAUCCUGCAGCAGAACUGAGUCCAAACCAAACCGUGCCAACGCCCCCCGGCCUCCUUAGCCUGUCCUCUGUGUCUCUCACAUCCUGGCAGACGUUCACACACAAAGACACGAUCCUACACGAGCGAUGCCGCAGUGCAUCGUGGGUAACGUAGACAUGGAGCCCCCACCUGUUCCCACACGGCUAUGUUCUGAAACAUAUCACGGGCUGAAACAUGACGAUUUAUGCAUUUGGUUGACCUUAGUGCCCUGCUUUGUGUAGCCAUCCCAUCAACUUCAUCACACCAGUGGAAACCUCCAUUUGUCUCAGGAAGCGAUGAUCAAAAAAAAAAAAAAAA